CCCAACAAACCAUCCCUUCUCCUUUCCUUCAUUUUCUCUCCACCGUCGACUACCCGAUCUUGGAUUCAUUUCCCGUCAUUCUUCUUUUCUCAUCCAUUUCUAUCUUUAUUAACUCUUUCUUCUCCUUUUUUUUCUUUAUUUAAUUCUCUCCCAUUUGCCUUCCUCCGCCCUGUGUUGUGAUUUAUCCUUUUCUUUUUCCUUUUUCUGAGGCAGCGAGACGGGGUUCUGCUCCAGCAGAAUGAAGCCGCGUCUCUUUGCCUGCUUUGGCAAGUGCAACUGCUCCUCAUUCUCCUCCGUCUAUCACGUGCAUGAAAAGGGGAAUAGCAACGGGACAGCAGAUGCUUCACCGGAGGAGCAGCGACGUGCUGGUGCCAUAUUGGUGGAGCUAUUCUCAUCACAGGGUUGUAAGACUUCGCCGGAGGGUGAGUUAUUGGUGUCAAGGCUAGGGAGAGGAGACUUUGCCCUUGAAUCGCCAGUCAUAGUGUUGGCAUUUCACGUUGAUUAUUGGGACUACAUGGGGUGGAAGGAUCCUUAUGGCUCUAGCCAAUGGACUGUUAGGCAAAAAACUUACGUUGAGGCUUUGAACCUUGACACCAUGUUUACACCUCAAGUUGUUGUCCAGGGUAGGACUCAGUGUGUGGCCAAUGAAGAGGAAGCUCUUUUGUCUUCCAUCAUGAGUGCACAAAAAUUUCCUUCACCCAACUUUCAGGUAACCUUCCAGAGGCCAACGUCAGAAUCCUUGCAAGUAAAUUUAACAGGAACUUUAAGGACUAAAAUUGACAACAAAGGGGCCAAUAUAAUGGUGGCUCUCUAUGAGAGUGGAUUGGUGAACGAUUGCCCGGCAGGGGAGAACAUAGGGCUUGUCUUGUCUAAUGACUACGUGGUUCGAAAGCUUGAAAAGCUCUGCACUGUCAAGGACAUAUCUGCCAAGAAGACAGUUUCAGGAACUGUUGAUUUUUCCGUUUGGGAAGGCUUCAAUAGCAGUAAAUGUGGUAUUGCUGUUUUUAUUCAAGAUAACUCCCAUCAAAUUUUUGGUUCACAGAACUUCCACUUGCCAGAUAAUAUAUGAGCAUUCAGAUUCAUUUCAUUUGUUGAAGAACUAAAUGUACUCUGGCUUAAAUCUUAGGCAUCAAUUUUCUAUUUUUCUUUCCUUUCCUUUUUUAAAAUUUUCUUUCUCAAUGGUUUUAUAUGGUAGGAGAUGUAGAGAGACAUUUUACACUUCAAUCAUAUGAAUUUCUUUCACAGCUGUGGAUUUCACUAGCAAUGCCUCUAUGGAAUUAAUGGUAAUGGAUCUUCAUAUUCAAAUUUCAGUGUUUAGAUCUGAUUAUGUGAUCAUGUUUCAAACUCAACGUCACUAGA